UGAGUCACAUGUUGUUGAGAUCAGAGCUUAAAUAAGUUCCAGUCGUGAGGAAGAGAAAGUCAGACAGAGCGGUGAAAUGGCAGGAGUUCAGCUGCAGAGAGAAACUUUCUCUUGUUCCAUCUGUUUGGAUCUUCUGAGGGAUCCGGGGACUCUUUCCUGUGGACACAGCUUCUGUAUGAACUGUAUUAAAGACCACUGGGACUCAGAGGCUGUGAAGAGGAUCUACAGCUGCCCUCAGUGUAGAGAGAUCUUCAUGCUGAGACCUAAACUAACGAAAAACUUCAUGUUAGCAGAUUUAGUGGAGGAGCUGAAGAAGACUGAACUCCACGCUGCUCCUGCUCAUCACUGCUAUGCUGGAGCUGAAGAUGUGGCCUGUGAUUUCUGCAAUGGCAGGAAACGUAAAGCUCUCAAGUCCUGUUUGGUUUGUCUGGCCUCUUACUGUGAGGAACAUCUCCAGCCUCAUCAUCAAUCACCUGCAUUUAAGAAACACAAGCUGGUGGAGCCGUCCAAGAACCUCCAGGAGAACAUCUGCCCUCGUCACGAUGAGGUGAUGAAGAUGUUCUGCCGCACCGAUCAGCAGUGCAUCUGUUAUCUCUGCUCUGUGGACGAACAUAAAGACCACGACACGGUCUCGGCUGCAACAGAGAGGACGCACAAGCAGAGAGACCUGGAUCUAAGUCAAGAAGAAGUCCAGCAGAGACUCAGGGACAGAGACAGAGACAUGAAGGUGCUUCAACAGGAGAGGAAGUCUCUCACCCUCUCUGCUGAUAAAGCCGUGAAGGACACAGACGAGAGCUUCGCUGAGACGAUGCGUCUCCUGCAGAAUAGAAGCUCUGACGUGAAGCAGCAGAUCAGAUCCAAGCUGGAAACUGAGGUGAGACGAGUCACAGACGCCGAGGAGAAGCUUCAGCAGGAGAUCACUCAGCUGAAGAAGAGAGAAGCUGAACUGAAGCAGCUCUCACUCACACACGACCACAACCAGUUUCUCCUCAACUACCGCUCACUGUCAGCACUCAGUCCGUCCACACACUCGUCCACCAUCAACGUCCGUCCUCUGAGACACUUUGAGGACGUGAGAGCGGCUGUGGCAAAGGACAGAGGUCAACUGCAGGACCUCCUGAUCGAGAAGUGGACAAACAUCUCACUGGCUGUGGAACAAGUAGAUGUUUUACUGACAGAACCAGAACCAAAGACCAGAGCUGGAUUCUUCAGAUAUUCACAGGAAAUCAAACUGGAUCCGAACACAGCUCACACACAGCUGUUAUUAUCUGAGGGAAACAGAAAAGUGACAGUAAUGAAUGUAGAUGUGUAUUGUCUUCCUCACACAGACAGAUUCACUGGUUAUCUUCAGGUCCUGAGUCAAGAGAGUCUGACUGGACGUUGUUACUGGGAGGUGGAGUGGACAGGAAGAGGAGGAGUUUAUGUAGCAGUAACGUACAAGAACAUCAGCAGAUCAGGUUCAGAUGAAUGUGUUUUUGGAUUCAAUGACAAAUCCUGGGCUUUACUUUGUGAACAAAACAGAUGUCGGUUUGGUCACAACAGAAUCUGGACUGAUGUCUCAGGUGUUACAGUCUCCAGAGUGGGAGUUUACUUGGACCACAGAGAAGGUCUUCUGUCCUUCUACAGAGUCUCUGACACCAUGACUCUGCUCCACAGAGUCCAGACCACGUUCACUCAGCCUCUCUAUGCUGGGGUUGGUCUUAAUUAUUCACUUGGAACCACAGCAGAGUUGUGUGAACUCAAAGACGCGAGUUCUUUCAGCACCAUCCAUGAUUUAAGAUCUAUGUUAGAAAGGGGACAUAUCAUACCCUACGUCCCCCAUUAAACUAGUUCCCUGGUGUCCUAAUGAACAUGUCUGUGACAUGCUUU